AUGGUAAAAUUCUUUAGAAAGGAACUCCUUUAUGUAAUGAUAAUUAUUUUAGGUUCAAUGAACUUUGGAGAAACUAUGGCAUAUUGGAGUCCAGCUAAAGACUUAAUGAUGCUUAAAUUGCAUCUUAGUGUAGCAUCAGGUACUAUUUUUAACCUUUUACCAGCAGCAAUGGGUGUAAUUACCCCAACAUUUAUUCAUAUUCCAAUCAAUCGUCUUGGAAGAAGAUUUACUUGCAUAAUUACAGCAGUUUGUGCAACAAUUGGCUGGUUAAUCAUUCCUCUUGCUGGAGAAAAGACAUGGAUAAUUGCAUUUAUCGGUAGAGCUAUUCUUGGUCUUACAGUUGGCUCAUUUUCUACAGUUUGUCCUUUAUACAUCACCGAAAUCUCUCCUACAGAAGUACGUAGCUCCUACGGUAUUUUGCAUCAAUUUGGUGUAGUUAUUGGUGCAUGCCUUUGCUAUUUGCUUGGAAUCUGGCUCAGUUAUACUUAUCUUUGCCUAUGUCUUUCAAUUGCACCAUUCCUUCACAUUAUGUUAGUUAAUUUCGUUCCAGAGUCACCAAGCUCAAACGUCAAUAGCGAACAAAAUCAAAGCAAUGAAACAAUAUUUAAUCGCAGAUACAUUAAGCCAUUAUUGAUUUCCGCACUUCUUAUGUUCUUCCAGCAAUACUCAGGCUGCAAUGCCUUCCUUUCUAACCUCAAUUCCAUAUUCAAAGAGGCCGGAUCAAGUUUGGAUCCAAGUUUCGCAGCUUUCCUUGUUGGAUUGGCCGGAUUGAUAGCUACAGGUGUUUCUGCACCAAUCAUUGCCUGUUUGGGACAUAAACCAUCAUGGUUAGUGUCUUCAUUUUUAUGUUUCGCAGCACUUUUGAUUACAGCAUUGAACUUUUGGUUCAAAUGGUCGAAUUUGAUACCAGCCAUUAUGAUGAUCAUGGACAAUUUCGUUUUCGGAUUAGGUCUUGGCCCAAUUCCAUGGGUUAUUACUCCAGAAUUGUUCAAUGACUCAGUCAGAGCUGUUGCAACAUCAAUCAUGACAUCAUUCAACUGGUUCUUGGCUGCAACAGUCAUGGGAUUCUGGGAAUUGAUGAAUACUUACUUAAGUUUCGGAAUUUCUGUCUCCAUCUUCGGUGGAAUCAUGUUUCUUGCAGUUCUCUUCGGAUUCACACUUCUCCCAGAUACACAUGGUAAAGCAAUGGGUGCUAUCUUUGAUCAAGUACCUCCUGAACCUCUGAUUGGCACAAAUGGUGCUAAUUAUGUAUAA